CCCCCCCCCCUCCCCCCUUCCACACUUCCUCAUUGUCCUCCUCGCAUUCUCCGGGUCUGGCCUCCCCGAACAGAGCAGUCUCUCCCAUCUGCCUGCCCCCUACUACCCCGGGUUCCUUCCUUCCUCCUCCUCCUCCUCUCCGUGUUGCCCCGCCUUUCGACUGGUCCUCGCACGCCCCUCUCUCCUGCCCGCUUCCGCUUCUCGGCCGGGUUCUUGUCGGCGCAAGAGAGGCACCCCUCCUUCCCCUCGGCUUGCAGUUCCCUCUUGCUGCCCGUUUUGAGCGUGCACCACCGGUCGCCCGAUCCCCCCUCCUCAAUUCGCAAUGUCCCGCGACGUGAUCGCCACGGCGAAGUCAACGAAAUGGCUGCCGUCCCAGCGCUGGACCUGGAUUUCGGUCAGUCUGCUGCAGAUGGUGCUUAUCGUCGCCCUGGAGGCGGUGAUUGGAGUCCAUUUCGCCAAGCUCAUCGACACCAGCGACAACAAUGUCAACGAGGGCAGCGGCAAGAGCAUUGUCCUGUAUCUCUUCAUCUUCUGCUUCUCCCAAGUGUUCCAAGUGUACUUGGCUGUCGAUGCGGCCCUCAACCAAAAUGUCAUCCAGGUGAUCGCACACUCGAUCUUCGUCGUGUGUCUCUUCACUUUCAGUGUAUUCCAGUUCUUCCAAAUCCGUGAGGCAUAUAUGAUCGCCCUGGACAAUGACAACCUGCUUGUCGACCCGACGAAGAUCAACUUCCAGACGCACCUCUUCCCGCCGCUCCUGUCCACCAUUAUCAUCCUGGCUUUGCUGGCCAUUUUCUAUGCCUACUGGGCUUACCGGCUCUAUUCGCAGUUCGACUGGGCCAACUACCGCCGUGUGGGGGCCGACCCAGCCAUCCAGUCCAUCUUCCGCCUGUACCAGACCUUCAUCGUCUUGCUGAAGUUGGACUUCUUCUUCUUCAUCGCAUUCGGCCUGCAGUUCCUGGUCCUUGUGCGCAUCAAAAACGUCGAGUUUGCCCUGACCAUUUUCGCCAUUCCGGGCCUCUUCGUGGCUCUCCUGCUGGCCUUCUACGCGGUCCGCUAUGAAAACCGUUACGUCAUGGCCUUUUGGUUCCUGGGCCUCCUGCUGGCGGUCUGCUAUUUCACCUACAAGAUUGUCCGGAUCCACUCGCCCUCACAGUACCCCAAGUACGAGGGGUCCGGCAAGUUCUUGUCCUUCUUCGCGGCCCUCAGUCUGGUCAUGAUCUUCCUGAGUCUGGUGACGUCGGUUCUCUGCGCGCGGAACUUUGGCAAGGGCCUGCGCGACCGCCUGGAUGCCAAGCCCUCUCGGUGGAACCUUUUCCGCCGCUUCGGCAUCGGUGGUAGCAAGGAUGGCACCGCCAAUGGCAGGGGCUCCGGCGGCGGGGGAUACAACUCCUCCACACCGCCGCCCAAUGCCUCCAUCGACUUCCCGUUGGAUCCGAUGGGCAGCGGCGGCGCCGACGAGCCGGUCCAGCACCCACCCUCGGACAUCAUGCCGCAGAUCCCCUCCUCGCCGGCAUAUGAUUACAAUGGCAACGCUCAGCGUAACAUCUCCCUUGUCAUCUAACCCCUUGAUGUCUCCCCUCGCGUGCUGCGUGGGAGAGCGCUCGGGGCCGCGGAGGAAAAUCCGGGCAAUCCCCAUGCUCGGCGAUAUGCGCCUUGUCUCUCUGUCUCCCCCCCCUCCCCCCCCC